AUGGGCCUGUUCUCCUCCUUCCAAUCCGAAGAAGCAAAGCGCGCCGAAGAAGUCCGCACAGGCGCCGUCGCCCCGGACCGGAGCGAGCGCCGCAAGUGCUGGGAGGCCCGCGACGCCUACUUUGGCUGCCUCGACCGCAACAUCAUCGCCGACGCCCUCAAGGAUGACGCAAAGGCCCGCAAGGUGUGCCCCGCCGAGAACCAGGUGUUUGAGCGCGAUUGCGCCGCUGCUUGGGUAAAAUACUUCAAGCAAUGGCGCGUAGCAGACCUCCAAAAGAAGCAGCGCAUAGCCCAGCUCGAAGCCGAAAACGCAAUCAAGAUGGACGUCACUACUACAUUCGCCGACCAACCUUCCUCCUCUCCCAAGGGCCCCGCGCCGAGUAAGGUUGAUUUGCAGGAUAUGCUCGCCUCAAGGAGGCAGUAA